AUGAGAUAUUUUUAUUACGUAUCUUCACACGACGACUAUUUCAUAACGACUAUUUUUUUUGGCCUAUUUUUUUCUGACCUAUUUUUUUUUGGCCUAUUUUUUUCUGACCUAUUUUUUUUUUGGCCUAUUUGUUUUUGGCCUAUUUUUUUUUGGCCUAUUUUUUUUUUGGCCUAUUUUUUUUUUGACCUAUUUUUUUUUGGCCUAGUUUUUUUGGCCUAUUUGUUUUUGGCCUAUUUGUUUUUGGCCUAUUUUUUUUUGGCCUAUUUUUUUUUUUUGGCCUAUUUUUUUUUUGGCCUAUUUUUUUUUGGCCUAUUUGUUUUUAGCCUAUUUUUUUUUGGCCUAUUUUUUGGCCUAUUUUUUUUUGGCCUAUUUUUUUUUUGGCCUAUUUUUUUUUUGGCCUAUUUUUUUUUGGCCUAUUUUUUUGGCCGAUUUUUUGACAAUUUUUAA